GAAGAUUUCAAAUUUAGCGCAAAGGUGAAGGGAAGUAAGUGUGUGUGUGGUAGGCGGUGGCGAGCUCACAUCGAGUACGACUCCAGUAUUAGUAGUGUAUGCCAGUGCAAUCCUGGACGGCAAGGACGACGGAUACAUAACUGCCCGCUUGCCUUAUCUCUCUCGACCUAACUACCUUAAAUAACGUGGAAAGAAGGACUCAAAACCUCGUAAAACCUUUGACUGCUGUAGACACCUUCCUCCAACUUUUUUCUUACUAUCCCCGAAGGCUUCCGCUUCAGUACUCUCGGGCCUCUCUCGCGAUGGCUUCUCUCCCAGACUACUUCGACAGACCCGUCCGCAUCGCUGUCAUCGGCGGCACCGGCCUGGGCAAGAUCGACGGGUAUACGCCCAUCGCGUCGCUGGAUGUGACAACGCCAUGGGGCAAGCCGUCGUCGCCCAUCUUAAUCCUAGAGCACGGCGGCGUUCCCAUCGCCUUCCUCGCGCGCCACGGGCUGUACCACCAGCUGGCGCCGCAUGAAGUGCCUGCGCGCGCCAAUAUCGCUGCACUGCGGUCGCUCGGCGUGCGCACCGUCAUCGCCUUCUCGGCCGUCGGUUCCCUCCAGGAGGAGAUCAAGCCCAUGGACUUUGUCGUGCCCGACCAGAUCAUCGACCGCACCAAGGGAAUCCGGCCCUUCACCUUCUUCGAGGGCGGCGUGGUCGGCCACGUCGGGUUCGCGGAUCCGUUUGACGCCGGCCUGGCCGCCACGGUCCAGCAGUGCGCCGCGGCGAUGCGCGGCGACGGCGUGGUCCUCCACUCGGGCGGCACCGUCGUGUGCAUCGAGGGCCCCCAGUUUAGCACGCGCGCCGAGAGCAACAUGUACCGCUCUUGGGGCGGGUCCGUCAUCAACAUGAGCGCCCUGCCCGAGGCGAAGCUGGCGCGCGAGGCCGAGCUGGCCUACCAGAUGAUCUGCAUGGCCACCGACUACGACUGCUGGCACACGACAGAGGACGUCGACGUGGCCAUGGUGCUCAAGUACAUGGAGGCCAACAGCAAGAACGCCAAGCACCUCGUCGGUGCCGUGCUCGACCAGCUGGCCGCGCAGGAAAAUAGCGACAAGGUCCUGGCUAAGCACUGGGAGGGCAGUGCCCAGGGCGCUGUCAAGUUCAUGACCAAGCCUGCCGGGAGGGACCCUGAGGCCAUGAAGCGCAUCGAGUACUUGUUCCCCGGUUUCUGGGAGAACUAGUGACGGCGGCCCCGAGACCAACCAAAAUCCAGAUGUCUUCUCUCGCGUUUUGCAACGAUUUUAGUACUUUAAUUUCUUUUUGCAUACACAGUAGCUCGUGCCAGGCGUCUCAAGACGGAAUAAACAAGGGAGAGACAUAAACAUAGACAGACGUCAAGGCACGUUACGACAUGAUACGACAUGACAGCGCAAUAUCGAGAGCGGCGGGUUGAGUAGAUAUCGUUGAUUUGGAAUAUUAUGGGAAACUUGGCGUACUUUUAUUUGGUAGCCGUAGAGUUGGCCCCAUUCGCAAUAACACGAGAUCAGUCAACCAGAAG